CAACGUAAAGUAAAGCACUGAGAUGCAUACUCUAUGUAAAAUAUCAUUAUUCCAUUUCAUAUCUUAUAUAUAUUGUCAUAAAAGUAAAAAUUAAAUGCAGUUUCGUGUAAAAAGCUACGCAUUAUCGAGCACAACUCCAAAAUCACAGGUGUGCGUUUGAUAUAUUUUUAUAAUAGGUAUGUGUACUGUAUGUAUUGUAUAUCUAUACAAGUUUACAUAAAUAAACGCGUUUAUCCACUGGACCUACUUUGUAUAGUUUUACUACGUUCUUUACUAUAUUUUUCUUAUUUUUUGGAAUAAUUUACUCAUUUGAAAUAUUAGAAAUGGCUCUCUGUGCUUGCAAAUGUCUGAACGUAACAUUGGAAAGUGAUAAACUAGAAGAAAUAUUCGAUAUCGGAAAACUGGAAUUAUCUUCGACCGAACAAAGGGAUACUUUUUUCAGUGAGAAACUUCUUAGAUGUCCUGCCAAUCAACUAAAAGUUAAUUUAGUGCAACCAGCGCUAAUAGGACAUAGGAAUGUGGAUGGCAUCACCUUGGAAUCAUGUCUUGCCUGUGGACAGACCACUCAUGCUAUACUGCAUAACAAAAAUGUUGUGCUGAUACCCAGGUCCAUUCAAACCACCAUAGAUCAGAUCAAUAGUUUAAAAAGUUCUGAUAGUUAUUCGCCAGUGUUCAAUUUAUUAGUGCCAGAAGUAACCAAUGAUGUGGAGAUGAAGGAAAAUGUUGACACAAAUAACCAAUUAGUUAUUGAUAAAAAUGGCUGUUCACCGUCACUGCAAAUGAUUGGUUCGCUGAAGAAACAGUUGAACCAAACACUGCAAUCACAUCUAGAGGCCAUAGAGGAAGCCGUCAGUCAGUUUAGAGAUCAGAAAUAUGCAGAGUAUGAAAUUUACAGAGCAAAGGCACAGAAGGAUCACAAAAUUUUAUCUAGUAUCAUAAGCAAGGCACAAAGUAAUAUUGAAAAAGACAACUGGGCAAACAACUCCGGCCCACCCUCGCCACUCGUUCCACCUCUACAGAGACGAAGACUGUCUUCUCUUAAAGAUGCCAAAAAGUUUACUCAAAAGUCAGCUGCACAAAUACCGCAUGAAGAAGAUUCCCUGGACGCCGAAGAUAUUUUCGACCUAGAAGGGACAGACUCAAAUAACUUCAUGGGCUCAGAUCACGAGGACUAUGAUUCUGAUCAAGGAAGCAACGACGAAGGCAUUCACAUCGGAAGGCCGCGCGGUGCUCCCGCCCCGGACUUUGCUCGCUCUCUGCCAAUCAGCGUGCCCAAGUUCCCCAGGGAACAGUCUGAUCGUGCAUCUUUCAAGGAAAUUGAUGACUUUGAUGAACCGCAGGAUAUACCUGCUAGCAUUAAAGCGCUGGCUCGCUCGGUGCAUGGUGACGUAUUCGAGCUGCCUCGCCCUCGCUUCUCCACUCAGAUCUAGGGCACCGAAAUCCACUCUAUGCAUAAGUUUCUUAUUAUAAGUGUAAUGGUCUAAGAGCCGGCAUUACAAAUAUAUACCCUCAUCUGUUAGUCAUUAGUGCUAUGAAAUAAAUGAUAGACAAUGUUCACAGUGACACGUUGCAAAUAGGUUGCAUAGUUAAAUUGCGGCCAAACACAUUUUUUCAUACAAAAUCUAGGAAACCAUGAACUAGAUCAAAGCAAAGUAAUACAGUUAAAUUAAGCAUAUAACAAGAUUUCAUUUGACAUAUUAGACGUCUAAAUAACUGACGAAGGUAUGUAAAUAACAUUACUUAACUGUUUAUAUCGGGCAACCCUACAGUUGUAGUGUGAAAGCAGGCAACCUUUACUUUUUCAAUUAUUUUGGAGGUAUUCUAUUAAUUAUUAAAAAAUUAAAUUAACCAAUGAGGGGAGGAGAUGAAAUAAAUUUAAAAAAAAUAAUCAAUUAAUACUGUUCGGCGGCAAUUUAACUAGCAUUCUAUGUGUCAAUGUGAAUAUUUUCUAUCAUUUAUUUGAUAUCCCAAUAAAAUAACAGAUGAGGGUACAUACUUCUUGUGGCGGUUCUCGUACUAUAAGGACAUCUGCUCAUCCCAAUCUCGAGACAAUAUACAGUGUUGUGCGUGUACUCUGGUGCGUGAGGUUUAUACCUACACAUUGGUGCUUUUGAAAUGUGAUCGGUGACCCUAAUACCGUGCCGUUGUGGACAGACAAUAUAACACAAUCAACAAUUUUAUUGAAAUAUACUUUCCGUGGUUCGGAGUGUAAACCGUGUGCCAUGUCCGGAGGGCAGUUUAAUUGGUGUCUUAAUCAAUGUUCCCUUCUCAAUGUUAACGUGUGUUUGUACAACAAAGUCAUAUAAAUGUUUCAAAUGUGGUUGUAAGGUAAGCUUCCAUGUAAUUAUUGUGACAACUAAAAAGUAGUAAGUAAGCAAGAGGCUAUGAAUGUUGUUAAAAGAUCAGAAUAAUUAUUACUAUUAUUAAAUAAACCAAAAAUUUUGUUACACAUUUGGAUGUGAAUCCGAACAAUGAAGAACUGAUUUGAUUAAGUGUAUAAGUUUUGAAAGAUUAUGUAUUUUAUUAGUAUUGAUAAUUAUGUAUAAUCCAAAACCAUUAUAAACGUUUUAUAACUGCACCAACAAUUAGUUUUGCAAUUUGUGUCAAUUAUAUUAAUUAUCAAUACAUUUUAUUGUAUUUAAGAUAUUACUAAUGAUAUGAUAUUAUAGCCCCUUUCCCCGUUAAUAAAAUGUGUUCACGGAACGCUACGAUAAUAGGGUAGUUGACUCAUGUCAAAUUUAGUAGAAAUAAUAUUAAUUUCGUAUAUACAUUGAAUAAGGGUCCGAAAUAUAUAAAUAUUAAUUAAUAAAUUUUUAAAGUAUUUUAAAAUUUUUACAAACGUCAAAAACGCUGUCGUCCUUUUUGUGAUUUCACCAAAAGAAUAAACAUCAAACUAUUUAAUAACCAAUCAUUUUGUCAAACACUAAAUAGUUGGGUAAGGUUUACUAUUUACAUGAAACCGAUAAAAUAUUGACCAUCAUGAUCUAUUCCGUUUUGGCCCAUACUCUAAAAAAAAUACAUAUUUAAAAAUGAUAAAUGUUUUUAAUCUAGUAGAACGAUAAUGAACAAUUUUAAGAUCCUUUUAUAAAAAGUGUCAACUAGCCUAUUAACCGCACGCGUUGGAUUGACGUGUAUCAAAAAAUCGAACCCAUUACCAGUGGCGUGCACUUCAUACAUGCAUUAAAGUACUACAUACCCUAAGAGUUGUCUCCUUAAUUGCUUAUUAAAUUAAAAAAAAUCCAGUUUGCUUUAUUUUAUUACUAGUGCAUACCCUGAUCGACAAACUUAUGCACGCCACUGCCCAUUGCGUACACGUUUAGCGAACGCAUACGCUGCGAGGGGGCUGUAACAUCUAAUGCAGAACAUUUCUGACAAGUAAUGUUUUAUGAAAAUUAUAUAUGUACCUUUUAAAUAUAUACUAUAUCUCAGUAAUAUACUUUGUCCUGUCAUUUUAAGGUAUGUCAAAAGUAUGAAUGUUGUGUGGCAUUGUUAUUAAUGAGCGAGCGACUGGAGGCGUAUGUCAAUGACUUUGUUGAAUUUAAAUAAAUGGAUUGAAAAUUAACAUCUAAGUCAUAAAUAUCUCUGUUAUGCGAUUCAGAGUUUUUUUUUAUUAAUUUUUAUCGUCGCGUUAUCUUAAUGAUAAGUGAAAAAGUGUACAAAAUAUUGCAUUUCAUACUAGUCUGUUAGGGUCACGAAAUGAAUCAGCAAUCAAUUUGAUUUACAUCAUAAUUAGAUAGUACCUCUCAUCAUUACUGACUUGCGUAAUUGAAAGUUUGUAAUACGUUUAUUUUUUUAUAUAAAACAAAAAUAUUUUGAAUGACAAAAGUGAAACGGAAUCGAGGCGGCAGUAGGCGUUAGGUAUUUUGUAUUCUUUUGUUUUAUGAUGUGUAUACUUUACCUAUAGCGUAGGUCGUGUAUCAAGCUUUUGAUAUACCGCACCGAAGGUGCAGUACUUUCGACUCUUCCGGUGCCAGCUUUAUAUAUGUUACCGUUAAAUUGUAAAAUACGUUACUUUAUAAUAUCACUCGCGAUAUUGUAAUCUGUCAUUAUAUUGUGAAGUGAACAUACUGAUUACCUACUAUAUAACUUGGUUUUUUUUCGGAGAGAAACCGUUAAGUUGCAAUCUUUCAACUGUCCGAACUUGCCCCUGAUUGGUCGGUCUUAUAGCAGACCGUUUUGUGUCUAUAGAGUUAGGAAUGAGACAAAUCAGUCAAAUAAAAUACUUCAAGAAUUGUGACAUCACGUAUUAAUUUAUGACUUAUUAUACCUAAAGUCCGACCUAAGUGCCCGGCACCCGAAUUUUUGUAUUCUGACUUAACCUAACCUAACUUUAGAUUUGACAAAAUUGUACUUAUAAUUAACAAUAACAACAUUUUACUAAUGGAAGAACAGUGUUUGCAAUUAAGUGUUUAAAAAAAAAUAGGAAACGCACUGGCCACCCCUCCGAUUUUCUUUCUUUUUCUUUUUUCUUUGAUUUGUCCAUUGUAAAUUUUUACUAUUUUUAUUAUGCCCGCUGUAAUAUUUUUGUAACUCUAUGGUUAUCCUGAUUGACAAUUUAAUGGUUUCACUUCCGAUAAACGAAAAAUAACACGUUAAAUUGUAAUGUUCACUUCACAAUAUACCGACAGUUUACAAUAUCGCGAGUGAGAUUAUAAACUAACGUAUUUUACAAUUUAACGGUGACAUAUACAUGAUGGAUUAUAUCAGUGUCUUCCAAUAGCACUGUUACUUGUAAUUGAUUUAUGUUCGUAUUUUAUAUUGUGACGUCGGUGUUUCAGUCAGUUGUUUUAGUGUAGCUAUUAUUAUAGAUAUUUGUUUUAUUGGUGUGACGAUACUGAGAUGGACCUUGAAUGUAAAGAGUUGUAGUGAUCAUGUAAUAAAAAAUACAAAGAACGUC